UUGAAGUUUGAUAAUAACAUCGAUUUAGAUUAUCUUUACAGGGCUGGGGCGCGUCACGGACCAGCUCAGCUCUUUAUUGAGGAUGUGAGUGAGUGAAGGGUGAGUCAGGAAGAUGUAGAAACUUCAGUUGACGUCGAGCUUGCGGUUUCCUUUAUUUUGCAAAUCACUCACAGAAGUUUUUCUUGUUUUGGAGGACGUGUAACAUGUGUCUUCCCUCGCUGCUGGAUAUGAACCUCGCAUUCAGCUCUCUGUGAAAGAUCAUCCUUUGUUUCUACACUUUGUUUUUCCUGGUGGCAGAUAUGUUAAGAAAGUCGCCCCCCUCGCUCCCGGAGCAGCGGCUCCCCGGCGGGACGCGCCGCUGCGCGGCUGCCGCUGUGUGCGCGCUCCUGCUGGGGCUGCUGGCCGCGUCCGGCCGCGCAGAACAAGCGUCCUGCCACGGAGCAUACGACCUCUACUUUGUUCUAGACAGGUCCGGAAGCGUGGCGACCGACUGGGGCGAGAUCUACUCCUUCGUGAGGAACCUCACCGACCGGUUUGUGAGCCCGAGCAUGAGGGUGUCCUUCAUCGUUUUUUCGGCCAACGCAGAGGUCCUGCUGCCUCUGACCGGAGACAGGUACCAGAUCGAGAAAGGUCUGGAGCGGCUGCGGGAUGUGAACCCGGCCGGGGAAACCUACAUGCACGAGGGACUGAAGGCGGCCUCAGUUCAGAUACAGCAGCAGCCGGUCAAGUCGUCCAGCAUCAUCCUGGCGCUGACGGACGGGAAGCUGGCCGUCUACGUGCACGAGCUCACCGUGAAGGAGGCUGAUGAGGCGCGGAAAUACGGCGCCCGAGUCUACUGCGUGGGCAUCAAAGACUUCGACGAGCAGCAGCUCGCUGAGAUCGCCGACACCAAGGACCAAGUGUUUCCUGUCAAAGAUGGCUUCCACGCUCUCAAAGGCAUUGUCAACUCAAUAUUAAAGCGAUCGUGCACGGAGAUCCUGAGCGUGGAGCCUUCCAGUGUCUGCGUAAAUCAGUCCUUCGAUAUCGUGCUGAGAGGAAACGGCUUCGCCCUGGGGCGCAGCAGCGAAGGCGUCAUCUGCAGCUUCAUAGUCAACCAGGAAACUCUCAAUUACAAGCCGAGCACUGUGCGCAACGACUAUCUGCUGUGUCCUGCACCAACGUUGUAUGAGGUUGGACAGUCUGUAGACGUCCUCAUCAGCCUGAACAACGGCAAGUCCUUCAUCUCCAGCCCGUUCACCAUCACCGCCUCCACCUGUUCGGACGGUUUGGUGGUGGCGAUAGUCAUCCUGGUGCUGCUGCUGCUGGUGCUUCUGGCCCUCAUGUGGUGGUUCUUUCCCCUCUGCUGCACAGUGGUCAUCAAAGACCCGCCAAGGCCUCCUGCUCCCGUUCGUCCUCCUCCACCCGAGCCCGAGCCGCUCUCAAAGAAGAAGUGGCCGACUGUGGAUGCCUCGUACUACGGAGGACGAGGAGCUGGAGGGAUCAAGCGCAUGGAGGUGCGCUGGGGAGAAAAGGGCUCCACCGAGGAGGGGGCCCGUCUGGAGAUGGCCAAAAAUGCCAUCGUGUCCAUACCCGAGGAUGCGGAGGAGCCGAUGAUCCAGCGGCGCCCGCCGAAGCCUGCCGCUGCCAAUCGUCAGUCUCAGAACAAAUGGUACACGCCCAUCAAGGGUCGUCUGGAUGCUCUGUGGGCUCUGUUGCGGCGGCAGUAUGACCGAGUCUCGCUCAUGCGUCCCACCUCGGCAGACAAGGGCCGCUGUAUUAACUUCAACCGAGCGCCGCCCCAGUAGAGGACAGGAACCGCCGUGCGCCACGACGACUGGUGCUGCUGGUCUUCAGGUUUUUCUAGAGAAGCGUCAUCCUGCAGCCAGAACCACUAUCCGCUCACUCGGCUUCACCUCCCGAUCUUCACGCGGGGUGACAUGUUGAUAUUUGUAUUACUUAAGUUAUUUACUACCUUUUUUUCUGGGAGGGGGGGGUUUAUUUGGAUGAAAAGAACUUGUUCGGCUUUCCAUGCGCACCAAAGACCCAAAAUAUUCGGACCAUAUUGCGCCUUCUGUGAGAAACCCUGUUUCAUGGACACAGACGGAAGCUAUCUUCAAAUAAAUAAAUAAAUAAAUGAAAAUAACCCGGACGGAGGGGCUGCCUGCCGUCGGCGUGGAAGUGGGGAUGAUCCCAGCGGGCCUCACAAGUGCAGAAGUCCAGCGCCUCUUGGCGAUGUCUCAUCCCGACUCGUGUCCAAGUUCCGCGGCGCCGGAUGCCCGGCGGCCGCCCUCUGACUGGCUUCCGCUGUCAUUUUAUCACCGAGAAGUGCACACGCGUGACAAAUCGUAGACAGGACGCCCCAAGGUACUGGAAGGCACCGAGACUUUGCCCUUUAGUUUGUUUUUUUUUAAGACACCUUCCUCUCAUUAUGCACUCGGGACGAGGAAAUUAAUAGAGCGUUAUCCGACCGCAGGACAGCCUCCUGACCGGGACCGUUUCCAGCCCGGUUUGAGGGAUUGAUGCCUCCCAGACCUUGACAUGGCGCUUGGUGUUUUCUGCCCCUGUUUUCCGGAGCAGUCUGCUCCCUGCUCAGUAAGGCGUAGCCCAUCACGGCCGAUAAACAGGCCCAUCAGUUAAGACGUAGGACCCGGGCGGAUGCAGCUGUUCCCCUCGCCGCGCCGGCUCAACCCUCCGAGGGCCCGGGUCACAACUCGCCAGUUCUUUGGGCUCCAGAAUAUCAAAGUUUAAUUAAAAUAAUUAAAGGCAACAGCAAGCAGCAGCCUGUGAAGACUUGGCUGUCUCUUUUUUUAUGCCUUUUUGACUUUGAAUGACCUAUUACCGUGCCACUCGCGGGAAAAAGAGGACACCGCGCCGCCACGACGGUGCGCCACGUCCGAAACGCAAACCCAAAGCAGCGGAUGCGACGGACGGAUAAGUAUUGUUCAUUUCCGGAAAUUAUGCCCCCCCCCACUCCCUCCAGCCCCCAAAAAGCCGGGGAAUUAUGUUUCUACAUAUAUGCUGGACUUCUCAAGCACGCUGUCAUGAUGCCAAUCCCGGGUGAUGUGGUGGCGAGCCUAGGCUCUGUGGGGGGGGUAAGGGGGCAGCAGCUGAGGAAAAAGGCUCGAAUGAUCCAGUCACUUCGGAUACCGUACUUCAGACGCAAAAUGGAUAUUCGAGUCGAAACCUGACAAAGCGUGCCGGCUUUGAUGGGAAGCGGUAUAGACAAUGACCAGUGGCUGGGUCAGUGGGAUGUCUCCGCGCAAGCAGGGAAGCUUAUCAAAUGACACUAAAAAUAAGUUCAACCACCAUCAAGUUUGAGGGGGGAAUGGGCGCGCACGCGCUGCGUUCGGAGGGCGCCAGAGUGCGCGAGACGGGCACCCAACGACGCGCCGCUCUAAUUAUUCCUUUGUUUCCUCCCUCCGUCCCGAUCGGACCGGCAUAAAUAAUUCCAGCUCAAAUCCUCGGGGUGCGCCGGUAUUUGUGUCUGACUUAAACGCUUUUAGCCUCUUGCAUAAUUUUCCAGGUUGACAUUUAGUACGUCGCCCGGCCGUUUCUGGAAAUCUGAGCACUUGGAUCUUGUGUUGUCGGCGUCGGAACUACGAGACGGGAACGCUGUUAACCUGAACUAAUGAGAUAUUUACAUAGCAGUCACAACACGGCUCGUCCCGGCUGUAACACGUCACCAGCGGGUCCCCCUGCUCACAUCAGCGUACCUACGUCUGUACAUUUAAAAAAAAAAGAAAAUGUUGAAUUUUUUAUGCCUUUUUGUAAAGUGGUGCUUUGAUUUUUUUUUUUUUAUUAUUAUUUUUGUAUAUUUUCACCUUUUUAUUAUUUUCAUUGCAACUUUUUUUGGAAUUCAUUUGUUCUCAGUUUUUAUUUUUGGCAGCAUUUCCACCAAAUGUCAGCUUCAGUUUCACUUGCAUGCACUAUUUUUUUAUUGUUUUAUUUUAUUUUUUGAUCAGCUUUUAUCAUUUUAUCCAGGUUGUAGCCUCCUGUAUCCACGCGGCACCUUAAAGUUUCAGGUUGGAGUCACAAAAGCUGCACAUGUGUGUGCAUAACAAACCAAAAUAUAUAUAUCUGUUUUAUUUUUUUAUUUUUUUUUCAACUUGUUUAGUUUUUCCCGAGUUUGACACUGUUUUUUUAUGUCGUCUAUUCCUUUUAUUGUUUUACACUGUAAUCUUUUGUGUCAAAUAUACAAACAACAAAGA